ACCACAUCACAUUUAUCGCAACCAUUUUUUAAAUUAUCUCUAUCGUUAUGAUCUCCUUCCUACCCUACACUUUAACUUCCCUUGUCUCCCUAAUUUUAAAAAAAUCACCCGGGCGUGGCAAAUUCCCAAAAAAAAAGAAAAAUUGUCUGCUCGUUGUAAUUUUUUAAUUUUCGAAUCGAGUUAAAUUGGAAACCAUCAAGCCACUCGCUACUGUUAGUGAUUAUUGAUAGUUUAUCCUCAUUGAUUCAAUUGAUCAUACUUCCUUCUGUUCAAUAGACUUUCAUCCCAUUCGAUACCCUCCUCGGUAAGUUCAUAGAAAUCGUCCUUAUAGAUCCUAAUUAAUCGUCUAUCGCAAUCAAAAAAAAAAACAUAACAUACCAUCCACACACAUAUACAUUCAUAUAUCAUAUCAUUUCAUACAUAUCAUUUCAUACAUAUCCUAUAAUAACGAUGUCUAUUGGAUUAAGAAGUUUUAAACAAGCUGCUUCAAGCAAUUACAAAAGUUUACUCAUAAGAAACUUAUCAUCUUCCACCACCAGAUCAUUUUUCUUCCCCUCCUCAUCUACCUCAUUAUCAUCAGUAUCAUCUGCUUAUCGUGCCGUUAAUAAAUCAUCAUCAUUAUUAUCUAACAACCUUAGAUUCUAUAGUAUCAUCACCAACGAUCCAAGUGCCAAACUUUAUCAAUAUGAAGAUAUCAAAGCCAUUGCCACCAAUCCUGAAACUUUCAAAGAUAGUGUUUUAAUUGAUGUUAGAGAACCAUUUGAAUUUAAUGAUGGUCAUAUUCCAGGGGCUUUAAAUAUUCCAUUCAAAUCAUCACCAGGUGCAUUAGAUUUAAGUGUUGAUGAAUUCCAAGAUAAUUUUGGCUUUGAUAAACCAAGUCAAGAUAAAGAAUUAGUAUUUUAUUGUUUAGGUGGUGUUAGAUCUACUGCCGCUGAAGAAUUAGCAUGUACUUUUGGUUAUAAAAAGAGAGGUAAUUACGUUGGAUCUUGGGAAGAUUGGAUUGCUCAUGAAAAUUCUGCUGCUACUCCUUCAACUUCAACUUCAUCAUCUUCAGCAUCUACUACUUCCGUUUAGUUAUACCGUUGUACUAUUGUUAUUCCUUAUCAUUUCAUUGAUUUAUUAGAUUCAUUUUGACAAUACUUUUUUUUUUAUUAUCACUACUACUACUACUCAACUGUAAUACAAUUUUAUUUAAUACUAUUAACUUUAAUUAAUCUAUUUUGGCUUUCAUUUAUAUAUCCUUUUUUUUAUCUUACUUUA